AUGGGCCGGAGCGUCCGAGCCGCGGUGGCCAUGGGUCUGUGGGUCUUGGUGACAGUUGGCAUGGCGGCGGACCUGCUUGUGCUGGAGCCCCGACGCUGCCUCCUGUCACACUAUCGCUCGCUGGACUCCAGGGCGCUGGCGGCGGCCAAGGCGCUGAGGGACAGUUAGGAGGAAGAGACGCUGAGCUGGAGGCCCCGCAACUGCUCCUUCCUUCCCCGGAGGGCGCCGCCCAGGCCCGCGCUGGAGCUGGUCCGGCCGGGCUGGUCCAGGAAGGCCCUCCGACCCCCGAGGAGGCGGCACAAAGCACGGAGAGCUGAAUCACCUCAGUGCCACGAAGCCACUGUCAUCUUCAACCUCCUGAGCCUGCUCACGUGGGACCUCAGGCAGGUGGCGCAUUUGGGGCCUUGUGUCUGA